UGAUUAUCGAGCCAAUCAGGUCGCUAUCAGUGGCUUUUGCACAAGAUAUCAGCCACGACCAGGGGUGUAGCUUUCAACAAGUUGUCCUCUUUGCAUGAAAUAAUACCUAAAGUAGGGAGUAGCUGGCAAAUGAUUUUAGUUGAGGCCAGAUUCUAAUAAAUUAAGACAUUUUCUUAUUUUAUAUACAAGGCAUUGAGCUGGAGCCUUGCACAUAGAACUGUGUUCAGUUCUCAACGACCAUAUUUGUUUUUGAUUUGACUUAUUUCUGUAUUUCCCAGAAACACAUCCUCAGUAGCUGGUCUCAAUCUUUCUCCGGGCGAGCAUCUCGCCAAAAUACACCCCUCCUAAUCUCGCCCAACAUGGCGCAAACAUUCUCUCCUCGAUCAAUACUACUUUGCGUAGUUUUCUUGUUCUCUACCAAUGUCCUCGCCAUAUCCGCCGUUCUCGGUAUAGAUCUCGGUACCGAAUAUAUCAAAGCUACCCUCGUAAAACCCGGAAUACCCCUCGAGAUCGUCUUAACCAAAGAUUCGCGAAGAAAGGAAACCUCCGCAGUCGCAUUCAAACCCUCACAAAAUGCCCCGAAGAGCGGCUCGUAUCCUGAGAGGGUCUAUGGCUCCGAUGCCAUAGCUCUAGCCGCCCGGUUUCCCGGAGACGUAUACCCCAACCUUAAGACUCUCCUCGGUCUUCCCACAGACGAUGCGAUUGUGAAGGAGUAUGCUGCAAGACACCCAGACCUGCAGCUGGAGGCCCACAAGACUCGUGGUACUGUCGCAUUCAAGAGCAAGGCUACUGCCCACGAAGAAGCAUGGCUAGUAGAAGAAUUGCUGGCUAUGGAGCUCCAGAGCAUACAGCGCAAUGCGGAAGCAUUAGCUGGCUCUGACAGCACUGUUAGGUCUGUGGUUAUAACGGUCCCUCCGUUCUAUACUGUGGAGGAGAAGCGCGCUGUGGAACUGGCUGCCGAGCUUGUUGGUCUGAAGGUGCUGUCUCUCAUCAGUGACGGUCUUGCUGUCGGGUUAAAUUACGCUACAAGUCGAACAUUCCCUAACGUCAACGAGGGAGGCAAACCUGAAUAUCACAUGGUAUUCGAUAUGGGUGCAGGUUCCGCCAAAGCAACCGUCUUGAAGUUCCAGGGCCGAACGGUCAAGGACAUCGGCAAAUUCAAUAAGUCAGUCCAGGAAGUACAGGUAAUGGGAAGCGGUUGGGAUAGAACGCUGGGAGGCGACGCACUUAACUACCUGAUCGUAGAUGAUAUGAUAUCGAAAUUUGUUGAGUCUGCCGCUGCGAAGAGAGCUUCUGUGACGGCAGAAAGCGUUCGAGGACACGGUCGGGCCAUGGCGAAGCUAGUGAAGGACGCUGAAAGGCUACGACAUAUUCUCAGUGCUAAUGUCGACACCGGCUCUAGUUUCGAGGGCCUUUACGAUGAUAUUGAUUUCAGAUACAAGAUUACUCGAGCAGAUUUCGAAAAACUAGCUGAGGCGCAUGCUGAAAGAGUUGGCGCUGCCGUUCAGAAGGCCUUAGACAUAGCCGAGCUUGAUAUCAAGCAACUUGACUCGAUAAUCCUUCAUGGCGGCGCUUCUCGCACGCCUUUCGUCCAAAAGCAACUUGAGAAGGUUGCAGGUGCGGACAAGCUUCGAAGCAAUGUCAACUCUGAUGAAGCGGCAGUAUUCGGCGCCGCCUUCCGAGCUGCGGAACUUAGCCCCAGCUUCAGAGUUAAGGAGAUCAGAAUUUCUGAUGCUGCCUUCUACCCAGCGGGAAUGAUGUGGACAAACCCUCAGGAUAAACCGCAACAACAGCGACUCUGGACCGAACGAUCUUUGGUUGGUGCUGCUCCGAAGGAAGUUACUUUUACGAACCAUGAAGAUUUCUCGGUUCGUUUCUACCAACAGGUCCCCUCAACGGAGGGAACCACUGUGAACAGGGAAACAAAGAGCUUCACGACCAAGAACCUGACAGCAUCUGUUGCAUCUCUGGCUGAGAAGGGAUGCUCUCACACCGAUAUUCAUUUCAAGGUUAAGCUACGACUCAGCCCUGAAGAUGGCGAGGUAGAGGUUGAUAAGGCAUCUGUCGAGUGCGAAGCUGAGGUUCAGGAGAAGGAAGGCUCUGUCAUGGAUGGGGUCAAGAAUCUCUUCGGCUUUGGCAAGAACAAGGACCAACAACCCUUGAAGGAUGGUGAAGAGGCUGCCGAAGAUGCCUCGACUACGGAUUCUACUGAAACUGCUACAACUUCUUUUGACUCUAGCACUACUUCGACAACCGCAACUUCAUCCUCAGCCUCUGCCGACUCUCCGGAGGGCAGUCCUGUUCCAAAGAAGAAGCAACUUGUCGUGAUCCCUGUUGACUACAUCAUGGAGAAGGCAGGAAUUCCAUCGCUGCCAAAAACAGAUCUAACCAAAGCAAAGGAACGCAUCAAGGCAUUUGAGGCGUCCGACAAGUCUCGCAGGUUGAGAGAAGAAGCUUUGAAUCAGCUUGAAGGCUUUACCUAUAAGGUUAGAGAUCUAUUAGAAACGGAGUCAUUUGUCGCUGCUUCUACCCCUGAAGAGCGAGCCAAGCUAGAGAAGAAAGCUAGAGAUGUCAGUGAAUGGCUCUACGAUGAUGGAGCCGACGCAUCCCGCGAAGCACUCAAAUCCAAACUCAAGGGUCUCAAGGAUCUUGUAUCUCCUGUUGAGAAAAGAAUAGAGGAAGCACAGAAGAGACCAGAACUCAUCAAGAGUUUGAAGAGUUCUUUAGACCAGACAAACACCUUUAUUGAUACUAUCAAAGGGAAGAUUGCUGAGGCGGAUGCAUACAUGUCUUCCCUUAGCUCCAGCUCCACUUCGACAACCGAAGCAAGCUCUGUUACCUCGGCCCCUUCACAAGCUGGUGAUUUUGAUGGCCUUGAAGAAGAAGAAACAACGACAUCAACGACUACAGCCACUGUGGAGGAUAGCGGUCCGGUGCCGCCAGUAUACACUCUUGAUGACCUAAAGGAGAUCACGGAUCUUUCAAAGUCUGUCAUGGAUUGGUUAGAGGAGAAACUUGCCGAACAGGAAAAGCUUCCGGAGACUGCUGAUCCUGUACUGCUAGUGAAGGACCUGACUGAGAAGACGAAGAAGCUAGAGAAGGCUGGAAUGGACUUAGCCAUGAAGAGCGUGAAGGCCUUUGACAAGAAUAAGAAGAAGAACAGUAGCUCGAAGAAGUCGAGCAAGACGAAAGCCAAGAAAAGCGCUACCAAGACGGGUAGCGACGGCGCAGAGCCGACGAUAGAGGCCAAAGACGGGGAGAACUACAUCAAGUUCGGGGAAGACGGCAAGGGCCCGUCGAUGGAGGAGAUUGAGGAGAUGAUCAAGCGCAUGUCCAAGGAGCAACAAAACAAAGAUGAACCCAGGACAAAGCACGACGAGCUAUAAUAUAAGCUAUAGAUAGACAUUGAUGAAUGAUAUGACUUGCCUGGUGAGGGCUACAAUUUUAGUUAACUA